AUGAGUAAUUUCGAUAUAAAUCCUUUGAAACUAAGGGAAAUUAUAUUAAAUACAAGAGAACCUAUUGUUUUAAAACAAUUUAAUCUUAAUUGGUCUUGUCUUCAAGAUGGCCUAGCUGGAUGGUGUAAAACGUUUGAUGUAUCGAAUUCUUCGGGUGCAAUUUUUGAAAGAAUAUCAAAAAGAGAUUCAUGGGAACCACAAUGGGAACGAAAGAGGCAAAAGAUACUAAUGACGGGAGAGCAGUUUUUAAAAGAACAUAACAAAGAUUGUGACUAUUGGUCCGCAUUGAAUUAUAAACGUAUACAUGAAUUACCGGGUAACUGUACAAAUGGAAUAGACUUCUCUGCGUUUGGCUUUCCACAGGCGGCUGAUGAUGCCACUUUGUGGUUGAGUUCUAGUGGUGCAAAUACACCGUGUCAUUAUGAUAGUUAUGGCUGUAAUAUAGUUGUGCAAGCUUUUGGAAAGAAAUCAUGGCUACUAUUCCCUCCUAACACUCCGCUAACUACCACCCGCAUACCAUAUGAAGAAUCUAGCAUAUACUGUAAAGAAAAUUUAUAUUCACCUUUUCUCGAUGUAAAUGCAUUUGUGGAAAAAUAUAAAGGUCUAGCACAUCACGUAAUACUCGAACCAAAUGAUGUUUUAAUUGUCCCCAAACAUUGGUGGCAUUACGUAGAAGCUUUAGAUAUAUCUCUAAGUGUUAAUGCCUGGAUUCCAUUAGAAUGUGAUUUGGAGCAACAAAUAGAGGAAUGUAUUGUUAAAUAUUUAAUUGAAAACUUUAUAAAGGACUGUUCGCCAACUACCAGAAAAUAUGUAAUGAAUCCAAAUCAGCUUAUGACCGGUUCAUCGAGUAAUGAAUUAUUUAAAAUUUUAAAAUAUCUCCUAGAAAAAUCAUCGGAAAAUAACUUAACUGCCAAAAAAGAAACAACUUUAUAUGACUAUCAUUAUAUAAGUAAAAGUAAUGUGGAUCAGUUGUUAAAAGAGUGUACAAAUUGUAUAAAUGUUUCCUCAAUAACCAGUAAAGAGUUGGAGAAUUUAUUAAAAACAAAUAGUUUGCGUUACAGUGCUGAUGCUGAAAUGAAUUCUAAAGAAUGUUCUUUGGGAUUUCUGGAAGAGAUUCUAAUUAAUAGUAUUUGUAGCCCACAUAUAGUAGAAGCUAUAAAGAAGGAAUUUUUUAAACGCUACAAACAGGAAAAUUUGUAAUGCCUUCAUAAUACGUUUCAAACAUAAAACAAUUUUGAAAUUAAAAAUAACAUGAAGUUUUUUGUUUAACAAUAUUUUCUUUAUUUAUUGGUAUAUUUAAUGUUUACUCUAUAAAAUCCACAAUACUUGGAACAAAUCACUAAAAUAUUUUUGAAAUGUGUGUUCACUUGUUUUAAAAACAUUUUCAUACUUUUAUGCAAUAAUAUUUAUAAUAAAUAAAAACACCAACAA